AUGCCUCUCUCGCCAAAGGCAUACACGCUCCUUUGCGGUUGCUUUGCCGCCACCAUUCACUCCCCUAUCCGCACGCUCUCCAAUGCCACCAGGCCACUAGCGAUGUCCCACAACGAGGGACAACUGGGCUCCGCUCUUUAUGGCUAUGAUCUCGGUGUCAUUGCCUCUGUGAUCGUAUCCCCCGACUUCCUUCGAGUCACCGGACUCGAGGGAACCGACACCAAGACCGAAAACUACAUUGGUUUCAUCACCUCUAGCAUGCUGCUUGGUGCCUUCUGUGGCUCCAUCCCUGCCUCCAUGUUGGCCGACAAAUUCUCGCGCCGCAUCGGUAUUACUGUCUACGCCGUCGUCUUUAUCCUUGGUGGUACUCUCCAGACGGCCGCGCCGAACAAGGAGAUGAUGAUGGCCGGGCGAUUCAUCGCGGGCUUCUCGAUCGGUGGCAUGUGUUUGCUCGUGCCACUCUACCAGUCCGAAAUCUCGCUCCCCAGGUUCCGCGGCAGGUUGACGACCCUUCAACAGUUUUUCCUUGGCUGGGGAGCGUUCCUCGCCGGCUGGAUCGCGUAUGGCUGCACGAGGAAUCAAUACGGAAAGCCUAUGCAGUGGCGUCUCCCUCUCGCCUUCCAGAUGGUUCCCGCCAUUCCGCUCCUUUUCGUGGUCCUGGUCCUGCCCGAGUCACCCCGUUGGCUGAUGAUUCGCGGUCGCGAGGAGGAGGCCCUCCAGGUGCUUGCCCAGCUCCAUGCGCGCGGUGACAUUCACGACCCUCUUGUCCAGGGCGAGUUCUACGAGAUGAAGCACAAGGUCGAGGGCGAGGCUGCCGUGGCCGCGUCGUGGGGUGAGAUUUUCAAGAAGCCGGAAAAUCUCCGCAAGGUCAUGCUGGGUAUUAUCCUGCAGUUCUCGGUCCAAAUGACCGGUGUGUCGUUCCUGCAGUACUACGGUCCUACCAUUUAUGGCAAGGUUGGCUACUCGACCGUUACCACCCUGCUGCUCGGUGCCGCAAACUCGAUUUUGGGUCUUAUCACCCAGUUCACCGUUUGUGCCUGGAUCGACAAGCUUGGUCGUCGCCGCCCUUUGAUCAUUGCGAACAUUCUGUCAGGCAGUUUCUUUAUUGGUGUGAUGAUUAUCAGCAAGAAGUUCUCGGACAACCAGGGAACGGCAACCAUGGCUCGCGCUUUUGUCGCCAUCUGUUGGCUGUGGAACAUGUCCUUCUCCCCUAUCGGCUCGCUCUCGUGGGCCUACCCUGUCGAGAUCAUGAACACUGCGAUUCGCGCCAAGGCUGUUGCCAUUACGUCCAUGGCGUGCUGGAUUUCCAACUUCAUGAUUGGCCAGGUCUCGCCAACCGCAUUCUCAAAGCUUGGCUGGAAGUAUUUUAUCCUCUUCGUCGUCUGCGGCUUCACCAACUCUUUCACCAUGUGGGCGCUGUUCCCCGAGACCAAGGGUCGUACCCUCGAGGAGAUGGACGAGUACUUCCGUACUACCCACUGGUUUGUCCCCCUUGCGAAAGUCGAGGAUGUCCAGGCUGGUGAGCGCGAGGCGCAGCUUGUCGAGGGCAAGUACCCUGGUAUGGGCGACGCAAUCCCCGCGUCUCGCAAGGAGGAUGUUGCCAACGAGAAGGCCAACGGCUCGAUCGAGGAGAACGAGUCUAUUUAA